GUGUGUCAUGCUGCUGUAUUAGAUAAGUGGCUGGCCUGCUUUGACGGUGUCUAGUGUCCGCGCAGGCACAUUUAUUUUGGCAAAACUUUAGUGUUUUCAGCUGGAUUUUCCUCGAGUGGCGUAAAUAAAUAAACAUUCCGGAGUUGUGUUUUUUUGCGCGGAUCGAUAACGGGAACUUGAUUAGAGGGAGUGCGUGCGUCGGAAGUUUUCCCCGUGAAGGUUCCUCGUCCAGCUUAAUUGGAUAUUGAACUUAAUUGCGAAUUCAUAUUGGAGAAAAAAUCGCAAAUCAUGCCAUUCCACAAAUAUCUUUUCACGCCGAGACUCUUCAAAGAGUACGACGGAACAAAGGAUGUUUACGAACCCGGAACGCUGGAGAAAUAUGGUGACCAACUAUUGACCGCUCUAAACCUGAUGUGGAGCCUCGGUUACUACACCUCGCCGCUGCUGAUAACCUUCCUGUACCGGCGGGGUUACUUUGUGGCCGACUCGGUCGGUACGCUGGCCAAGUUUGGCACCGGAAUCGGUCUGCUGGUGGCGUUUUCCCUUUGCAUGCGGGGCCUCGGCCGGUCCAUGAACGUGGUAUACGUGCGCUUUGCCGAGUGUCUGGAGAAUGCUAAGCGUGGAAGCCAGGACCAGGAUGGGGCCAAGAGUACCAUCCGCCGGUACGACUUUGACUUCCGGGCCUGGCCGGUGGACUUUACCGUGACGAGCAGUGUCCAACGAGCGCAAGCUCCCCGAAACAAACCGCUCUGGAUCUCGUCGCUGCCGUGCCAGAUUCUGGCCUACCUGGCCAUCCACACGUUCGGCAUUCGCAUGAUCUACCCCGGCUCGGUGCAGCUGCUGCAGAGCUACAUCGAACCAAUGCUGCUGCAAGGCCGCACCAAGGUCAUAACGCAGGACAAGGGCCGCCGCAACAAGGUGAAAACGGCCGACGGGAACGGCAUCGACACCAUGUUUGUGGACAAUCGGGAGAAGAGUGCGAACGGACGCACGCUGGUCAUUUGCUCGGAGGGGAACGCCGGGUUCUACGAGAUUGGGAUCAUGUCGACACCGAUGGAGUUGCAGUAUUCGGUGCUGGGGUGGAACCAUCCCGGGUUCGCCGGGAGUAGCGGUCGUCCCUAUCCGGACCAGGACCAGAAUGCCAUCGACGCGGUGCUUCAGUUUGCCAUAACCGAUCUCGGUUUUACGCCGGAGAACAUUAUCCUGUACGGGUGGAGUAUUGGUGGGUACUCGACGCUGUACGCGGCCUCGCAGUAUCCGGACGUGAAGGGAGUCGUGCUGGACGCAACGUUUGACGACGUGCUGCAGCUGGCGCUGCCGCGAAUGCCGGAGAGUAUUUCGAACAUUGUUAAAAUUGCCAUCCGGGACUACGUCAACCUGAACAACACGGAACUGAUCUCGCAAUACAACGGGCCGGUGAUGCUGAUCCGGCGGCUCGAGGAUGAAAUUAUUUGCUCAGACGACGGAAACCUUGGUACAAACCGGGGCAAUUUCCUGUUGAUCAACAUGCUCAAGUGUCGAUUCCCGAACAUCUUCAAACCAGAGCAGGAGAAUCUUGCCAAAGAUGUUCUCAGCAAACCACUCGAAUUCCUCAGAAAUGAUUCUGAAGACCUCUGCCUCUCGCUGCUAAUGUCCUACCUGAGUGACAACGGCAACAACGGAACCUCGCGGAGUUAUCCGAUCGAGAUCGGCGACGAGUACUCGAGCGAGCAGCGAGAUUCAAUGGCAAAGUUCUUGAUCAAGAAGCACCUGCAAGACUUCAAGUCCACCCACUGCACGCCGUUGCCGCGGGAAUUUUUCCAGCAGCCGUGGGAGAUUCCCAGCGAUACGGACUUUGUCUUUACCUAAAAAGCCGCUUCUGUCACUGCUGAUGAAAGAAUCGGGUAAGAUCAGAUCACUGUUUUAAUCAACAACCGCUGCAGAACAGGUUCCAAGCAAAUUCGUCCCACGUUCCAGAAGCUAUUCUCACUUUUAAUAUUACCAUUCAUUAGCCAUUAGUAUCGACUCUCUGUGUGCUGUGCGCUCUACCCGGCUUUAAAGGUAGAGACGGAGCAAACAACAGCAGCAGCAGCAACGGUGUGCGUGUGUUUUUUAGGUUGAGUUUUUCUUUUUUUUUGUUUUCUUCAAUAUUGUUGAAAAAAAUUGUUUCUGACGAAAGCGUCUUUGGCGAAGGGAAUUAAACGUUGAUUUAGUUUUAUAAAAGUUUUGAAUCGAGAGUUAAGGAAAAGCCUAAAAGCAACAGUGCAAAUUUAAAAAAAAAGAACCGAAAAGCUUUCUCCCCUUAUAUUAUAGUGAUGUGUGCGAGCUGCAGCAAACAUUCUCAAAACAAAUAAUAAUAUUUAUUGGUAGAUUGUAAGAGAGACAAAGAGAGCGGUUCAAAUUUGGAGUGCUUUGCAAGAGCUAGAAGAAAAAAAUAAUAUUUUAUCACCCUCCCUUUAAGUCCAGUGAUCACACAUAGCGCGUGGGUGUAGAGAUUUCAAACAUAUACAACCAGAAACACAAUGCAGUAGGGAGUGCUGGCGAAGGCUAACUGUAGAAUUACACUCGAAGGGUAGUGAGAGCAUCUUUGUGUGGAAAUGGUCCCGUUUUACAUGACUUAUGCAAGUAAAAAAAAGUGUGGUGAGAGAUUGAUUAAAAAUGCGGAAGAAAACUGAUACUACUACUAUACAUACAUUCACUACUAUUUAGCAAAGAUAA